AUUAGUAUAAAAAGAUACACCAACAACGGUUCUAUAGAAAGUGUGUAUCAAUUAAUUGACGUAUCCGUUGGUUGCUGUUGAGUGGAUCAGAUAUAGUGCGUCGCGUGUACGGCAGUUUCGUCAUCAUGUUUGAUAAGAUCUGGUUGGUUCUUAUGGUGGUGAAUUGUUUAGCGCUAGCCCAAACAGAAACGUCUUCGAAAAACACGGAAGAGAGUGUAGAAAAUGAUGUGCACAUAAUACGCAAAACUAUGGAAGAACUGGCGUCUAAACCUGGAAUACAAUUUAUUGAGUACGGCCCAAAUGGAUCCGAAGGCUAUAAAUAUCAUUUGAAAUCAGGAGAAAACAAGGAGUAUGUUAUACAUACAACAGGUCCCAUUACAGUACCGAUCUUAGAGACAAUCAAUGGAACGAGAGAGGAAAAGGAUAUGAAAUUGCUCACUCGGUUAGCUGCGUCUUCGAAAAUAAAAUCAAUGAUUAGUAUUAUCAGAAAAGAUGUACACUAGAAUAAAUAUUUUUUUAAAUUU